AUGUCCAAUAGUGAAGAAAGUCAAGUUGAAAACACCAACGAGAAUGUCGAAGAGGUUCAACAUGCUAUAGCAAAUUCCUCAAAAUCUGAUGGAACUGACAAUGCUCUAAGUGAUACUGGCAUAUUGCAAGCAGUUGCUGACUUAUCAAUCGAUGAGAAGCCAAAUGCGAAUGGCUUGCCAAAGCUAAGUCGAGAAGAAAGAUAUGCAGCCCAAGUCGAAGCGGACUCUCGUUCUAUUUUCGUUGGUAACAUCACUCCUGAGAUUACUCCAGAGAUAAUAGAUGAGCAUUUUAAGGACUGUGGUGUUAUUGAGAGGAUAACUCUUCUGUAUGAUAAGAAUACUGGGGCACCUAAAGGCUACGCAUAUGUCGAAUUUGAAAAUGCAGACGCUCAAGAGAAAGCUCUGGAACACAAUGGGUCUGAAUUGAAAGGAGGGAAAAUUAGUGUUUACAAAAAAAGAACUAAUUUACCAGGUUAUCAUAGGCAUGCCCAAUUUCAAAGACCAAACUUCUACUUUCAACAACAAUACUAUUACUAUCCUCAAGGUGGUUACCAAGAUUAUAAAAAUAUGAAUAUAUAUGCUCCACCAUUUGAAUUACAGUCCAGCGGGCCAAGACAGUUCGGUCAAUUUAAUGGCAAUUUCAAAGGGAAGUACAGAGGCAACUAUCGAAAUAGUAAACGAGGGGGUCGUCAACAAAGAAACUAUUCCAACUACAAUCAACUGGAUGACUACCGUAAAGAUGACCCAGAGAACGCAAGCUCGUCUGAAGAGGUUUUCAAUGCUGACCCAUCAAAAAACAAUGAUGAAAUUAAUGGGAAAGGUAAUUAA